UUCGCUCGAUGCCGACGCCUCGACGAGCGAUCUUUUGAAUUCCUCGAGUAGUGAGGAAUCAGACAACGAUGUGGUGACAUCGGAUUUUAGCUCCGAUGAAGAAAUUUCAUCAGAUCAGCCGGGAACGUCAACUGUUAGUCGCGGGGUGGGUGCCCGUCUACGUCGACAUGCACGACCUUCCUGAUGACAAGAAGUCCGCGUUGGGCAAGAGGCUCGAUCUUUUACAACAAAUGGUCAGGCCCAAGGCAUCCCGCUUCAGCCCGUACACGAACGUGAUAUUUCUGCACGACCUGGUUCAUGAAUUACGGGAAGCCCACAAGCAGAUCUUCGACAACAACAUGUCGUUCUGCACGGAUGCCGAGCUGAAAGCUUGGGAAGACGUCACCCUGUGGGCAGAGGAGAUCGCGAGCUGCCGCAGUGCGCGGGACUUCGUUAUAGCCCGCGUUUUGACAAGUGCCGCGUUCGUCGACUGAGUAGCCAGGGCUACUCUAAUCGCCGAUCUCACCAGGGCUGAAGUAUUCCUCCGGCCUACAUGGAUACGAAGUUAUGGAAAUCUACAAUGAAAUUGCUUCGUGUCCUAAAUCGUCA